GUGUUUGCAUGUUUUUAUUAAUAAUACCAUCAAUAUUAUGUUAUGGUUGUAUUCACACAGGUUUUGUGAUUAGUGUGGCUUUUUGCACUGUGUGAAGAUGGAUUUCCAUGUUUGUGUUUCUGUGAGUUUCUGUGUCAUUUUAGACAACAUCCAAAUGAGAGAAAUAAAACAUCGAAAUCAUCACCAAAACACUAUCGAUUCACACCCGCACUGCUAACAAAUUGACUCCUGCACAUCUGCACUUUACACACAUACUCUGCUACAAGCAUUUUUGCACUUCCGCCACUUAUUUGUACAUAAAUAUUAAUGAGCCAGCCAAUCAUGCAGGGCUUAGCUCAUGAACAUUAAUAAGAUUUCCGGACCCACCCUGCUAAAAAAAAUUACGCCUGCGUGAGAUGCGGGGCUCACGCCUCGAGGCAGCGGUGCCACGUCUGAGAGUCACGAGCGCGGUAGACACGCUUCACGGAAAUAAGCCGAUGCGUGUGAAAUGCAUUCAGAGCGGUUUUGCCGGGACUAAAGAUCGUGUCAGACAAUCGCUGCAAAUACUGGAUCCUCAUGGAGCGCAACUCCGGCGCCGAAAUCGUCUUCGGAGGCGUUUGUAUCAGAAUUCAGACUCCUGCCAGCUGACGCUGGACCCCAACACAGCACACAGAGACCUGUCUCUGUCAGGGGGGAACAGGAAGGUGACAUGGGGGGCAGAGCAGCCAUAUCCUGAUCAUCCAGAGAGAUUUGAUCACUGGCCCCAAGUUCUGUGCAGAGAGAGUCUGACUGGCCGCUGUUACUGGGAGGCUGAGUGGGAUGGAGAUGGAGCCGUGAUAGGAGUCACUUAUAAAGGGAUCGAGAGGAAAGGAGGGAGUGAUGACUGUUGGCUUGGAGACAAUGACAAGUCAUGGAGUCUGUUCUGUGAUACUGACAUUUACUCUGUCUGGCACAAUAAGAAACAGACUCUCAUACCCAUACGGCCCUCAGGCUCCCGCAGAGUAGGAGUGUAUCUGGACUGGGGGGCUGGUGCUCUGUCCUUCUACAGAGUCUCCUCUGAUGGACUGACCCCCCUGUACAGAUUCACCUCCUCAUUCACUGAGUCCCUCUAUCCUGGGUUUGGGCUUCAUUAUAGAAUCUCCUCAGUGUCACUGUGACGUGUUGCUGGUUCUCCUGGCAAAAAGGUAAAAUCUCUGCUUUUUAACCUUUAUAAUCCUUUUUACUCUGAAAUGUAUGUUUGACAAAAAUAAGUUUUUCUCUCUGACUAAAAUAUAACUAAAUGUAAUCCUGAUGGGGGGGGCUUUCCCCCUCCCCUGUAUAUGUACAUUUUAUAUAUUUACGCCUAUUUACUAUAUUACUGUACAAUGACAAUAAAGUCUUUCUGUUCUGUCCUA